AUAAGAAAUAUAUUUCAUGUACUAAAAAAUAUGGCAUGCAAACUCAUUACUUUCUUACCCUUUCUCUUUGCCUUAUUCUUUCUCUUCUCUCUUAGUAAUGCUAAGUUUGAAGUUGACACAAUAAAACACCUUCAAGGUUGUCACAAGGGUACCAAAGUGCAAGGCCUUCAUGGCCUCAAACUAUACCUUGCCCGUUUCGGUUACCUAAAUUACCAACAUACCCCUAACCACGCCAACGAGGAAGAUGAUGAGUUCGAUCAAGAGCUUGAGACCGCCCUCAAAAGCUAUCAAAACUUUUACCAUCUCAACGCUUCUGGUGCGCUAGAUGGGCCCACUGUUUCACAAAUGAUCAUGCCUCGUUGUGGACAACCAGAUAAGAAAAGUAGUCACGUACACGGAAAGAAAUUGUUACAUAUCGUGUCUCGUUAUCAAUUCUUUCCAGGUAGCCCUAGAUGGGAUAAAAGCCACCUCACCUAUGCAUUUGGCUCGAAUUAUCCAAAUGCCUAUGUACCUCCAGUAGUGCGUGCCUUCAACACAUGGGCUUCUGCUUCUAGUUACUUCACAUUUUCAAGAGUUGAUGAUACCGCCAGUGCUGAUUUAAAGAUUACUUUUGAUAGUGCGGCUCAUGGGGAUGGUAACGACUUUGAAGAAAACGUGUUAGCACAUGCUUUUGCGCCAAAAGAUGGAAGGUUUCAUUACAAUGCAAAUCAGAAGUGGUCCGCUGGACCAGGGGCGGUUGCAGGUGCCUUUGAUUUAGAGACGGUGGCGGUUCAUGAAAUAGGACAUCUACUUGGGUUGGGGCAUAGUGAAGACCAGAAUGCUGUAAUGUUUAGUGGUAUCCCUUCUGGAGUGGUAAAAGUUUUGAACACCGAUGACAUCCAAGGAAUUAAAGCCUUAUAUGGACUAAAUAAAUAAAUAAUUACUCAGUAUUAUAUAAAUUAUAUGUACUAUAUGUGUAAUCGGUUUUGAAUACUUGUGUGAUAUGUCAAUAAGCAGUCGAUAAUGACAACAUGCAUUGUGUAAUGAAUAUGGAGAUAUGGAAUAUUAACAAUUGUACUGUACCGAGUUAUAAAUA